GUGGCGCAGUCUAACCUAGAGGUUCAGAGGACCCGGAUCUGAGAAGCCUGUGGACAGAGAUCAACCCUACCCAGGACCAGAAAUCUCACGGAAAUCACCUGUUGCAGAGGGUGCAUUAAAUAAAGUUCCUACCCAAACACGAGGGAGAUACUGCCCAGGAACGUUGCUGCUGAUUGCGCCGCUUUUGUUCACAGAGAGCCCAAGCAUCUUGUAUUCAGAUAUCCAAUUGUUGUCAGACAUGGCUAGCAUCCUUGCUCGGAUGGGUAACAGCCGAAGGCAGAAUUCGGCUUUUCUGCCUUUGGCCCACUCCAUGCUGAGGGCCCUGGGGAGGAGUCUUGGUCCUUUGAUAGCCAACAUAGCAGAGAGAAAUUUGAAGCUGUUCUCUGGGAGGGCAGAGCUGGCCCAGGGGGAAGAAACCUUUGAGAACUGGCUAAGCCAAGUCCAUGAGGUCCUGCCAGAAUGGCAUAUGUCUGAGGAGGAAAAGCUCAAACGCCUGAUGAGAACCCUUAGGGGCCCUGCCCGGGAGAUCAUGCGUUUGCUCCAGGCUUCCAAUCCCGAUCUAAAUGUGGCAGAUUUUUUGCGGGCAAUGAAGUUGGUGUUUGGGGAGUCUGAGAGCAGUGUGACAGCACAGGGUAAAUUUUUAAACACCCUGCAGGCACAUGGAGAGAAACCGUCCCUGUAUGUGAUCCGUUUAGAGGUGCAGCUGCAAAAUGCUAUUCAGGCAGGGGUCCUUGCUGAGAGAGAUGCAAACAGGAUUCGACUGCACCAGCUCCUUGUAGGGGCUGAGCUGAGUAGGGACCUGCGCAUCAAGCUUAAGAGUCUUCUCCAAAUGCAUGCGCAUAAUGAGCAGGAAUGCCUUCCCGACUUCCUGGAGUUAAUCAGGAUUGUAAGGGAGGAAGAAGAACGGAAUGACCGCUUGCUUGCUCAUAAGCGGCCCAGAAGAUCUGAGUCAGUAAUGGAGAGGGCCGCCAGCCCUGUCGUAUUUCAGGGCUCCCUGCCUAUAGUGAUAGGCGGUGCUGAUUGCAAUGUCAUAGAGAUAGAUGAUUCCCAGGAUGACUCAGAUGAAGAUGUGAUCCUGGUGGAGUCUGUGCCUCCACUGUCCUCCUCCCUCAGAGGCAGAGACACUAUUCAGGAUCAAAUGCUAGCUAUUGACUCCCCCAACUAUUUUGAUGAUGAGUCUCCUUCCACUAGCAGUGGUUCUGGGCAAAGGAAUAAUGGGCCUGGGGAUCUGCGGAGAAACAGAAAGCGAAAGUAUCCAAUCCGCUGCCCCCACUGUGGUGAGGAGGGCCAUGCCAAGGAAACCUGUGACAACACCAGCAACAAGGCCCAGGUUUUUGAGAAUCUGAUAGUCACUCUGCAGGAGCUGACUCAUAUGGAGAGAUCAAAACCCUCUACACCAUUCUAAGGUGUGAGAUUCAGCCCCAGAUCAGUGUUUAACUCUCCUCAGAAACUUAUUCUGAAAGAAACAGGUAUGGGGUGGGCUUCGGAAGGAGUUAAUUCAAAACCAGUUUGCUUGGGGAAGGAAAAGCAGACUUGUAUACCAUGUAAUGGAGAGGGAUGGCCCCCCAUCAUUCCUUGCUUAUUCAUUCCUCUGAUUGCUUAAUGGUUGUUUCCCUGUGUGUCUUUCUCUGGUGAUUUUAGUCUGUUCACAAAGUGGUAUCCUUUUGAACCUUCCAAGUGAAAAAGAAAAAAGAAAAAAAUUUA